UGAACAUCAACGGUGCCAUUUUCUUGUUUCUGACCAACAUGACCUUUCAAAAUGCUUUCGCUACCAUAACUGUAUUCACUUCGGAGCUGCCGGUAUUUAUGCGCGAGACGCGUAGUCGUCUUUACCGCUGCGAUACAUACUUUCUUGGUAAGACAAUUGCCGAACUACCACUCUUUUUGAUCGUUCCGCUGCUCUUCACCUCCAUUGCAUAUCCACUCAUUGGCUUACGUGCUGGCAUCGACCAUUUUCUCAUAGCACUGGCGCUUGUUACUCUGGUGGCCAAUGUUUCAACAUCAUUUGGUUACUUAGUUUCCUGCGCCUGCUCAUCGACUUCUAUGGCCCUUUCGGUGGGUCCACCAGUUAUUAUACCAUUUCUUCUUUUCGGUGGCUUCUUUUUGAACUCCGGCUCGGUGCCGGCGUACUUCAAGUGGCUGUCGUAUUUAUCGUGGUUCCGUUAUGCCAAUGAAGGUUUGCUGAUUAAUCAAUGGGCAGAUGUGAAGCCGGGUGAAAUAACUUGUACUCUAUCGAAUACCACUUGUCCAAGCUCAGGCGAAGUUAUAUUGGAGACACUGAAUUUUUCGGCGAAUGAUUUGCCUUUCGAUUUCAUCGGAUUGGCUUUGCUGAUUGUGGGUUUCCGAUUAUCCGCGUAUAUAGCGCUGACUUUACGCGCUCGCCGCAAGGAGUGAGCGGCGGAUGGAUGAGAAUUACGUUUAGUUGCAAUUUUUUCGAUUUUAAAUACAUAAUUAGUUUUGUAUGCAUAUUUUCUGAAAAUAAACUCGUAAUUU